GUAAAGCUUCCGAGAAGCUUUCUUUCGAGAUUCAAUUCGAAGCCUUGAAGGAGCUCAAAGACGAUCUCGAAUGGGCCAUGGUGUAUGUGGCCGACGCCAAUGAUUCGAGCAAAGAUCAGGAGCUUGACACCGUCGAGCUUGGUCCUGUCGAGGUCGCCACCAUGAAGUUCACGUUUGAAGCUCCUGCACCCGACCUGACGAAGGUUUCGAAGGAGGAUGUGCUGGACGUUACUGGCCUCUUCAUUUCUGCAUCAUAUCAGUCCCGCGAGUUCUGCAGAAUUGGCUUCUACUUAAAGCAUGAGUACGAUAAUGAAGAAAUGAAUGACGAGCCUCCAGAGGAGAUAGACUUUGCUCGGCUUCUGCGCAAGAUGGAUGUGGAGAAUCCAAGAAUUACCAAGUAUGUUAUCAACUGGGAUGAGGAGAACGAGGAGUUGCAGCAGCCCUACCUGCCGGAUGCCUCAGCAGAGACGGGGGAUGAUGGCGAGGUUGUUGAUGAGGGAAUAGCCUUCGACACUGCGGUGCCUCUCGAUAAGGAUGCUGAAGUUGAAGUUACUGACGAUGAAGAAGAGCCGGACAACGGCGAUGUGGAAUGCAGUGAGCCUGAUGAUGCCCCCGUGGAGAACCUUGACCACACGGUGGCAUCACAGGGAGGCGAAGCACAGGAUCAUAUAGAAGCCGGGCCAGAUGAGCUAUCCAAAAUAGUCGGUGGCUCAUCCGAUGCUGUCGCGAUGGAUGUGGAUGUUGCUGGAGGUUGACAGAAUGAUCAAGAUGUCUAAUACUUGCACAUUCAUUUAAUUAUCACUGCAUUUUCCGAG